AAACACUACAUUUUCAACAUCACUAAUGCUUUUUCAAUACAUAGAUGCAGUUUCUUAGUUAUAUCAGGUAGAAAUUUACUUAUGUUUGUAAAUAGCACUAGCAUAAGCUGUGAUUUUAUUGUUGUGCUUGUAUAAUAUCUGGCAGCGGCAAAACCAACCAAAUAUCGUACCAUGUAUGUGCCACUAUACCAAGCUGCACUCACAGGUGAUUGGGACAAGGCUAAAGAAUUUAUCAGAUUGCAUCCACAUGCACUAACUGCUAGGAUCACAAAAGGUCGGGAAACAGCCCUUCACAUUGCAGCUGGGGCCAAACAGACCAAGUUUGUGGAGGAGUUGGUCAAAUUGAUGGAUGCUAAAGAUUUAGCAUUGCAAAACAAGUACAACAAUACGGCACUUUGUUUUGCUGCCGCAUCAGGAAUUACAAGGAUCGCAGAGGUAAUGGUGCAAAGGAACAAGUACUUGCCAACAGUGAGGGGUAGUAAGGGAGUGACAGCACUCCACGUGGCUGCUUUGUUAGGUAACAGGGACAUGGUGCGGUUUCUCUUCUCGGUCACUGAUGAUAAAGAUCUAACAAUGGAAGACUGUAUCAGACUACUAAUUGCUACUAUCAGUUCUGAUUUGUAUGAUGUAGCUUUGGACUUACUCCAACCCCGACAAGGAUUAGCCAUUCAGCGGGACUCAAAUGGCGAGACAGCCCUUCAUGUUUUAGCUCGAAAGCCUUUUGCAUUUUCUGGCACAAGUAAGCUGGGAAUCUGGCAGAGAUAUUUUCUUCCGAUGCUAGGAAUGAAUGUUGUUCAAGAGGAAAAAUUACUACACAUGCAAGCCCUAACGUUGCUCAAGUGUAUUUGGGAACAAGUUCUACUAUUGGAUGACUCAAAUAUCGGGGAUUUACUUAGAAGCCCUUCGCGACCAUUGUUUGUUGCUGUAGAGUUCGGUAACUUUGAGUUUAUCGUUGAGCUUAUUCGCUCCUAUCCUGAUCUAAUUUGGAAAGUAGAUGAGGAAAGCCGAAGCAUCUUUCAUAUUGCAGUUAUGCAUCGCCAAGAAAAGAUAUUCAAACUUAUUUAUGGCAUAGGAGCACAUAAAGAUUUAAUUACUUCUUAUAAAGAUGCAAACAAUACUAACAUGCUACACUUGGCUGGAAAGUUGGCUCCUUCAAAUCGACUUAAUAUUGUGUCUGGUGCCGCACUUCAGAUGCAACGAGAAUUAUUAUGGUUCAAGGAAGUGGAGAAAAAUGUCCAACCAUUAUACAGAGAGAUGAGAAACACAGAAGGUCGAACACCACGAAUGUUAUUUACUGAGGAGCAUAAGGAAUUGGUCAAAGAAGGAGAGAAGUGGAUGAAGGACACUGCCUCAGCAUGCAUGCUUGUCGCUAUGUUUAUUACCACAGUGAUGUUUGCUGCAAUUUUUACUGUACCGGGAGGAAACAGUAAUGAAGGAACCCCCAAUUUUCUUCAAGCCAAGUCAUUCAUAAUUUUUGCCAUAUCUGAUGCAUCUGCACUAUUUUCCUCUGUUACUUCUAUAUUGAUGUUUUUAUCUAUCCUCACUUCACGAUAUGCCGAUGAAGAUUUCCUUGAGUCCUUACCAAAGAGGUUGAUUAUUGGUCUUACAACCCUCUUCUUCUCUAUAGCAUCAAUGCUUAUCACUUUUAGUGCAACCUUUUUCGUUCUACUUGGCAAUCAACUGGCAUGGAUUGUCAUCCCUGUGGCGCUAACCGCUUGUGUUCCAGUAACAUUAUUUGCAUUUUUGCAGUUCCCCCUAUUGGCUGACAUGAUGCAUUCUACUUAUGGAUCAGGAAUCUUUGCUUGGCAAAGUAAAGAUAUGCUUUAUUAAUUUGACAAGGGAUAUCACCCACUCUUAUUGGGGGCAGGGGAAAGGAUAUCAACCUCCAUGUAUAAGAUUUUUUAGAAUGUUAUAUUCAUUAUGUGAAGGGCGGUAAUAAAUUUUGAGUUCUUUAUUCUUUUGAAUUAAGGGGCAAAAUUGUACAUCUGGGGGAUAUUUUUGGAUUUUGUAGAUAGGUUGAAAGUAUAGCUAUUCUUCUUUGUAUGCUUUGGUCCUCGGGGGCGCUCC